AUGUUUGCGCUGGUAUUCUCGCGCAGCUUCGCAACCCACAAAAAUUCCGUCUCGAUACUACAGCAGCACUAUAACCGCCUUCCAAUACGCAAGAAGUUCAUAAGGGCAAUCAAACGCGGAACUCUUCUAUGGGACAGGGGACAGGUAAAAAUUCCACCUUUGCUGUGCGAGGGAUACGAUCCGCCACGACACUGCCUUCUACCGAAUGAACAGUACCGUCGCAAACAAUACAGAGGACGGUUCGAAAACUUACAAUCGAAGAAAGUGUCCUUCUACGACUAA